UUAGGGUACAAGUAUAUGCUGAAAGAUGAAAAAGAGAGAGGAAGAUCGGUUUGGUGGGGUGUCGUUUUUAUUGUUGACGUCAACCCCUCCUCUUCUCCCGUGUCUAAAUUCCAACCAAAUGAUCACUUGACAAUUUCGAUCAGUCACAAUUCACAAUUUCGCAGCUAUGGCAACAAGUGGAAACAAGAAUAUGAACGCCAAAUUGGUGCUCCUUGGAGAUGUUGGAGCUGGAAAAUCUAGUCUAGUUCUGCGUUUUGUUAAAGGUCAAUUUAUUGAAUUUCAGGAAUCAACCAUAGGUGCUGCAUUUUUCUCCCAAACAGUAGCUGUAAAUGAUGCAACUGUAAAAUUCGAAAUAUGGGAUACAGCAGGUCAAGAGAGAUACCACAGUCUAGCUCCGAUGUAUUACAGAGGAGCUGCAGCUGCUAUUAUUGUUUAUGAUAUAACAAAUCAAGCAUCAUUUGAGAGAGCAAAAAAGUGGGUUCAGGAGCUUCAAGCACAAGCCCCAGGUAAUUCAAAUAUGGUGAUGGCACUUACUGGAAAUAAGGCAGAUUUGUUAGAUGCAAGAAAAGUUGCUGCGGAGGAAGCACAAACAUAUGCACAGGAGAAUGGUCUUUUCUUCAUGGAAACAUCUGCAAAAACUGCAGCUAAUGUUAAUGACGUUUUCUCUGAAAUAGCAAAGAGACUACCUCGGCUUCAGCCGGCACAAAAUCCAUCUGGGAUGGUUCUUAUGGAUAGGCCAGCGCAGACACCGGCUACUGCUUCUUGUUGCUCUUAAAUCUCUGCUGGUGCUUCUCAUCACAAUGUUGGCUUUGUUUAAUGUCUUUGUGCUGAUUUUUAUGAGUUUAUUGUGCCAUUUGUCCAUCACUGUACACUGUGUACAGAUAUUUCAUGAGAAAUUGUUCAAUGUGAUACUCUCUUCUAUGGGUUCUCCUAAUGUAAUGAGGUUCUGUGACAUACUUUAGUAUGCUAUUAAACUAUAUAUUACAUCUUUCAUAUUAACCA